UUUAAAGGUGUAACACACCUAACGACUGUCCGACAGCAAUAGAAACAUAGAUAAUUAUACUUGUAAUUACAACUUUUUUUUUUUCUUUUUUUCCUGCCGAAGGGUACAUAAUGGAGCUCUGGGAGGAUGAUGAGAGUCUCAGUUUGGGAUCCCCCUUCAAAAACAGCUACUUGGGAAGUUUCCACCUGCUUCCGUCGCUGGCCAAAGAGUCCCCCGCACGCAAAGACACAAAGCUUCCCAAAGUCCAUUUUCAGUCAUGUCCACUGACACCUGACCCUCACAGCAAAGCAGUGAUAGCAGCUCUGAAGUCCCUCCAGGAGAAGAUGCAUCGAGUGGGGCUGGAGAAAGUCCAGGCAGAGCAGAACGCGAGGCAAAACUCACUGGGCACUGAAAAAUACAGGAGCUCCCUUGGUCUGGAACGGAUCAGCACCACAGAGCAGGCGAGCACAACGAACCAAGCAGCAGUGAUAGCAGCACUGAAAUCCCUCCAGGAGAAGAUGCGUCGACUGGAGUUGGAGAAAGUCCAGGCAGAGCAGAACAUGAAGCAGAUCUCGCAGGCCGCUCAGCGGUACAGGAGCUCCGGUGAUCCAGAAGGGAACAGCACCACAGAGGAGGCGAGCGCAACGAACCAAGAGCUUGUAUGUCAGUUGCAGUCCACAGAAGCUCGCUGUGCUCUUCUGGAGAAGCAGCUGGACUACAUGAGGAAAAUGGUGGAGAUGGCUGAACAGGACAAAAGGUCCACAGAGGAGAAACAGGCUUCUCUGCACAGGGAGAAGCUGAAGGACCACGCAGACAUCUGCUCCAAGCUGCAGAAGGUGGAGAAGCUGGAAAGGGAGUGCCUGAAGUUCACCAGCAGCCAGUCUGAGGCUGAGAAGAAGAUUGAGCUCCUGGAGCAGAAGCUGCACAAAGAGGAGCAGGAGCGCAAGCUGGUGCAGGAGAAAACCGCUGAGUUGCAGAGAGAAGUGGAAGAAGACCUCCUCCUCUGUUCCUCUGCCCCUGCAGGUGGUCAGCAGAGAAAGAAGACAAAGGCUGUGAGGAAAACAGCCACAGUAAGAAGUGUCUCCCUGGGGUCUCCGUGUGUCUCCAGAGCCAAGCAGCUGCCCUUUGUGGCAGGAAUGUCCACCAGUCCCAGCCACUCAGUGCACGCCAACAUUCAGAGCGUCCUGCACAUGAUGAAACACCGUGGUCCUCAGCCAUGGGGCCGGUCACAUGCCCACCUGAGGCCUGUGGCAAAGCUGAGCCCAAGAGCCUGUGGGACCCUGUCAUCCAGUCAGGGAAUCCCAGCCCUGGGCAGCCUGGGUGACCUGCUGCUGGAACUGCAGGAGGAACUGGAGGAAAUGAGCUUAGAGCACCAGGAGCUCAUGAAGCAGAUCGAGGAGACUCGUAAGUGUGAGCUGCGCGAGGACCUGGAGCGCGAGCUGGAUUGCCUGGUGCAGCGGAUGGAAGAGAAGGGUGCGCAGAUCUCCCAGCUCAGGAAACACCAGCUGGCAGUGGAGAGGCUGAAACAGAGAGCCCAGAUGCCAAAGAGUCGUACCGCCAGGAUCAACAGCGGGACGGGAAGUAAGAGAAGGAGCAUGAGACCUCUGUUGUCCUCUCCAGAGAGCAACAGGUCCCCAUCUAAGCCCCCCAGCCAGGGGAACCAGAGCAGUGUACGUGGGCCCAAAGGGGUACAGAGGCUGAAGACCAAUCUGGACAUAGAGGCUGUCCAAUGGGAAGUCUAGCCACCCCCCCCCCGUUCUCAUCAUUGGCCUGUGGGGGUCUGAGCCACGCCCACUCAAUUUCACCUUAGGCCAAUAAGAGGGUUAACGACAUCCCUUAAAAUUAACCUUAGACUAAUGGAAUACCAGCCCCACCCCCAGAGCAUCACUAUGGGUCAACAACCAGCGACUCAGGACAGUAAAACAUACUGGUAUUCCUAUAAUGCCUUCAAGUCACAAUUAAACUUUUUAAUGUAGGGUGGAAUUCCAUCCAGGCAUAUGUAAUUUUUUUUUUUUUUUUUAAAAGUCCUUGACUUCUC